AUGGCUUCGCAGUGGUGGUGCAAAGCGGACGAGGGCAGCUGGAACCGAAGUGAUGUGUUGCAGUACGUGGAGGAGUCCAUCACGACCAAGCUCCACGACGUGGAGGAGCGGCUCGCAAAGCUCGAGCUGUGUGUUCAGAGGUUGGCUGCUGAGCCGCAGGAUGCUCAAGGCAAUGUGGUGACGCAGAGCAUGCCCGACGCCGAAGUAGUGGAGGUACACCGCACUGGCACCGACGUUGCAGCGGAGGACGCAGGGGAGCCUGCGCUGACACUAGAGGAGGUGGCCCUUUCCGACUGCUGGAGCUACAAGCUCGAAGGGGCAGCCUGGGACGCCUCCGCGCUUGCCGGCCUGGGCGUUUUCUCGCUUCAGGAGUCCACGUUGAUCGUUGCCUGCGGCGUUUUCUCGAUUCUCCUGCAGACCGUAUUCGCAAUAAUCCUAUAUGCGAACAUGAUUGAAAACAUCUUCACCGAGCAGCUCGUCCAGGAGCUGACUGAGUGGCGCGUCCUUUUCGGCCACAGCAGCCAGUUUGUGGAUCCCAUCACCGGUGAGCCGCUGAUGGUCGGGCUCUGUGGUGGCUCGCAGUCGUUGAUGGAUGGGCGCGCGCAAGCUGAGAUCUAUCAGAGCGUUGUAUCCUACGGCAUCCAGGUGAGGGACGACGCACACCCGCCGGUUGGACCCCUCCCGGCCGGUGCAUGGCUGGCUCUUCUGGCGCUCCUCGUGUGGACCGCAACAGUCACAAACGAGCUGCUUUCCAUCAUAUCCCUCACGUGGGCGAUGCUCUCUCUUGCGUCGGACACAGACAAGACGGAGCUGGAAGGAGCGAGCCUCUCACUGAAGCGGAUCAGCCGAGCCCGCUCUGCCAUGUUGAUCGUGACCUCUGCCACGAGACUCCUCAUCGCGGGCACGCUGGGAGUGACAGGAAUACGAUACCUGGCCGCCACAGCAUCGAUCUCCGAGCUGAUCCUGAACACGGUUGCCCUGGAGGUCGUCCUCCAUGUGGACGACGUGUUCUUUGCACUGCUCAUCCCGUCUAAGGUUAUGUCUACCGUGGAUCGGAUAGAGGAGAUCACAGUGAAGCUGGCACGGCCCUGGAUGUCCUGCCUGCGACUUGUUGCCUUCAUGUUCAUCGUGGUGCUGGCUUCGCACCUCCUCUUUCUGCAACCUAUGGUGGACAGAAUGCAAGAGACUGCAGAUGCACUGUGCAGCAGCAACACGUCCUUCAGUUACUUCACGGACGCCGCGGGCUUCGUGUUUAUGAGGGAGUACAGCGCAUCGGCAUCUGUGCAGACUGAGACCUACGCCUAUAGGGCUGUUUUCGAAGCUACUGGCUUGCAGGGCUCGAGAGAUCUGCAGCCCACGGCUGUUCGAAUAGUGGCCGACGGUCUGAAGCAGAUCGUUGUAGAGAUGGAGGGCCGGAAUCUUGAGAGCCGCAACGACUUCAUGCCGGUCUGCCUGGACAGCGACCAUCCAGUCUUGGAGAAUUCUGGCUUGCAGAAUUUCGGGGAAGCAUCUGUCCAGAUCAUGCGCGAGAUUUUUCAAACAGACCAGUUGGACUCCUGCGCGUCUGCUCGAGCUUACUGCGACGACUGGUCCAACUUGCCCUACAGUCUGUGGAGGCUCCGCACCUUGUGCCCUACAACCUGCGGCUGCAAAGAUGCGCUGACCGGGAGUUUGGUGGCGGUCUCGUCGAAAUAUGGCUGUCCGCUGGCCUGCCGCUCAGAGUAUCAACAAAGCCUGCUGGGGCGCAACUGCAGUGAUGCCGAGCCAGGGAGCGCGAUGCUGAGGAACUACGUGCGCUCCUUGGCGGAGGUCCGGAACGCGACGCUGGAGGAGACCUGCCAGGCCUUCCUGGUGCCCUUGGACUUUGAUGGUGUGACCUUCAACAUGUGCACGGACCAUGAGGCCGCAUACAGUUCGGGCUACGCCUCGGCUCGAACAGUUUGUCCUGUCACCUGUGGCUGCCAAAGUCUGCCCACUCUGCCCGGCUGUCCGCCCAGCUGCGCGUCGUGA